AUGCGAAUCACUCGAAAGGACGGGCUGAUGUGUGGUAUCGCUGUUGACAGGAUACACUUGUUUGACUUUAAGGAAAAGGUUACGAUGAUAGUUGAGACCGAAGACGUCUUCUUCUCUUCCAUGGCGAAGGGCACACAGGAGGUGAACGAAAACUUUGCGUCCGUGAACAUACUCAGGAUCGAUCAACACGACACCCUCUACAAAAAAAACGAAAAUUCGCAAAAGUUCGAAGUUAUGACAAUAAACUGA